AAAGCGAGCUAGCAUUUCCCUUUAUCUUUGAUUAACUGCGAUUUUGUAGCUAUUAAUUAGCUAGCUGAUAAGUUUAAAAAUCAUUCAGGUAGAUCAUGCAUGCAUGAGAAAGAUUUUUUUCACAUAUAAUACUCUAAGUAAUUAAGCUAUAGAUAAGUUUUAAAUAGAGAUGAAGGAAAACGGCGGCGGCGGGAGAAAGGGCGGCGGGACAUGUGGCGUGGCGGCUUCUCCAUGCGCCGCAUGCAAGCUGCUGAGAAGGAGGUGCGCUCACGGCUGUAUUUUCGCUCCUUAUUUUCCGGCCGACGAGCCGAACAAGUUUGCCUGUGUCCACAAGGUUUUUGGUGCUAGCAAUGUCAACAAGUUGCUCCAGGAGUUGCCAGAGCACCAACGAGGUGAUGCGGUGAGCUCAAUGGUGUACGAGGCAAAUGCAAGAAUGAUGGAUCCGGUGUAUGGUUGUGUUGGGGCUAUUUCAACACUGCAGCAACAAGUUGAUGUUCUUCAGACACAAUUAGCAAUUACACAAGCUCAAGUGGUGCGUAUGAGAAUGAGACAGUUCUCUUCCCUCUCCAAUGGUGGUUCACCCUCGAACUCACAAGAAACUGCCUCACCGUCUUCUUCUCGGCACACUCGUUCUAACCACAAUGGGGACCCUUUUAGCAUGGACAUGGUGGUGGAGCAACGCAAUGUUAGCACUUCCUUGUGGUGAUCAGUGCCAACAUGCCACUACAAAAAAAACACGGGAUUGUUAGUGAUUUUUGGUAGAAAUUUACCAAAAUUCAUAGAGAAUUUGGCAGUGGUAUGUCAAAUUCGUGCCAAAAGCAUUUUGACACAAUCUAUUGACACAAAAUCAUCGGUCAAUUUCGUGUCAAAUCUGUGUCAAUCCCGUAAUUUUUUUGUAGUGUGCAUGCGUGUAAGCAUGCACGGUACAUGCAUGUAAGCAUGCACCGUACAUGCAUAUCUAGUGUCUCUUUAAUACUCCGUAUUUUAAAAGUAUUAUUAAGAGUAACGUUUUUACUUUUGUGUUGUACACUUUGAUAUAAACAUAUUAUUAUCAUUAUGUAGUGUAUCUCUAUAUUCAUAAACUCUUUAUCAUCU